AUUUUUAAAGCAAUACACAGAUCCUAGUUCCACAAUGUGCAAUAAGGAAGAAUAAUAGAAAUGAUCAGAAUUUAAUUAAAUCUCGGUUUCAACAUGAUUUCAGUGAUAAUUUGUUUUAUCACUGGACACCAGUGGGAUUGAAGUUACUGAAGGGACUGGAAUACUGGCCUACAUUCCUAGGAAACCAAGCACAAACAAAUACCAGAUCUGAAUUUUAGUGCCAUUCUAGCAGAAAAUAGGGAAGACUAUCUGCUUCUACUGAACACUGUGUUUGGAAGUAAACAAAAUACACGAAAAAAAAAACCAAUAUCCUUGUCAACUUAAGAUUGUUAUUGAUUAAGUCUAGGAUUUCAUUUUGAAAGCAGAGAAAAUUAUUUAAAUUCUGGUGUGAUAUGCUUUGACCUGUGGAUUGGUAAUAGCGACAUUCAUUAUUGUGAAUAAAGCACAUAGUCGUUGGCAGGGUCUCCUAUUUGUGGAAUGGGCAUACCUUUUAUUGACUUUCCAGCAGGAUUCCGCAGACUGAUAUUGGAUGCUGUGUUAACAGAAGUAGAGAGUGACAAUAGUUACUCAUUCCAAUAGUUACUCAUUCUGGUUAAGGAAGCCAUGAAAUGGUAGCAUACAUGAAAAGGAAGUGUUAGAAAUAUUGUGUUUUUGGGUGGAUAUAAGCAGAAAUAACAAUGAUUUCAUACUUUGCCAUGAAUAUUACGUGCAAUGGGAAGUUCAUUUCCAUCUUGUGUUCAGCAGUGGUUGUGGCAUUCUUUGUUGCCAUGGACACACAUUUAUACUUCACUCUUCAAAAAACAUCGCUAGUGCAUCAGGACCCUCCAGUACCGGGCAAAUGGUCACCAUUCAAACCAUUGUCCAUGAAACUUAUCUUGACCGAUCCCUACAACCAUUACGUAAUGGGACCGUCUGCAGAAUACUUUGACGAAAUCACCGGAUUCAGUAAAGUGCUGUAUUUCAUCACCCCAAAUAUGAUAAGUAUUACACACGUUAUAACAAGUAUCAUAUCGGCUAAACUUGUUGCUUCAGAAAGUUUGGCGAAAAGACGUUUUGGGAUUUUACUGUACCAGUUUCGUUCGUGGCUUGAUGAUUUGGACGGCGUUGUUUUCAGGAGUCAUAAUAAUCAAAGUGGGUCAUACCGUUCAAAUCAUAAUACACUGGGCUACUAUGUCGACAUUUACAGUGACAUCGUUGGGGGUAUAGCAUUAAUGUUUGGCGUUUUGUUUUACUUGUACAAAAGUCUUCCAGUCUGCAACGGAAACAAAAAUUACACCCCCUUGCCUCUUACAAAACCUCAAGAAUCAAAGAAUGGCUCUACAAGUCCCGUGCCAAACAAUUCACCCAACAGAAAGUUUAAUUUUAACAUAUUGAGUGUGUUUGGCUCAAGUGAACGACCGGUGCAUGGGUACACUAAGAAGUUCAUCUUUUACAAGGUUCUAUGUGUGGGCCUGUGUAUAGCCAUUGCAAGCGGGACUUGGGACAAAGUAGUGGAGAAAUACACGUAUCUCUACCAGACAGACCUGAAAGACCCAGUGCUUGAGUCGAUCCAGUCAGAUGCGCUUCAUUCGGGGAGUAUGUGGCUGAUCAUCUACAUGUGGAGGAUAUGGGAGGGCCAGUGUAUUGUCCACAUGAUCUGUAUUGCUGUCUUCAUCGACAAAAUAUGGGAGUUCCUGACAUUUUUCCAGUAUCUGGGCUACAUCAUCAUCUUCGUUAUUAACCUGCUUAGCUUCAUCCACAUAAACCAGGUCAGACAAGCCUUGAAAAUGUGAGGUUCCAUAGAUUGAAGUCUUGUGCUAACACCGCCAGUAUAUCAACGUCUUCAAGGUGUUAAUGGCUAUGGAAUGAAGGUUUGAGUUGUUUUACACCGCCAGUAUAUCAACAGUGUCAUAGUGUUAAUGGCGAUGGAAUGAAGGUAUGAGUUUGUUAACACUGCCAGUAUAUCAACAGUGUCAUAGUGUCAACGGCCAUUCUUGUCUAAACAUAUGAGAAGACAGCGAGCUUUCGAUCCAGGACCAUGGAUGUAGGAGGCCUUCAGCAUCGUUUCGUGACAGCAUUGUGAUGUUUUAAUCCUUGUAUUUGUUCCUAAUGCAGUUAUAACAGUUGCUAUUGAUGUGUUGUUAACAAUAAGUGUCUUGAAUAUCAAAUUAUUCAUUAAAUUUUGUAAGCAUUUUUGUAUUCUGCCGUUGAUAAAUGGCGAAAUAUGUUUAAUAAAAUAUUUUCAUGUGGUUAAAUGUAAAGUAAAACAAUUAUUAAGAUGCUUAAUGAAUAAGAUGCUUUAUAAUCAUAAAUUUAAUUUAUUAUAUUAAUCGGUAAUCAAAUUUGUUAAUGAUAAUAUUAUGCUUUAAAAGGGUAGAUUAUAAUACUUUCAAGACAGUGAGUUCUUUGUUUGUGUGGUAGAUUGUUUUGAAAAAAAAAUUGGAACUUGAAAAUUCGAAGAAAAUUAAAAGGUAUCAUAGGUUCAUUGGUGCACUUGUUAACUUGUCACAACCUUCUAGAGAUGUAGUAAGGGAGGUAACUAGUAAUUCUUGUAUGCAUGUUAGUAAAGGAGGUAACUAGUACUUCUUGUGUGCAUGUUAGUAAGGGAGGUAACUAGUACUUCUUGUGUGCAUGUUAGUAAGGGAGGUAACUAGUACUUCUUGUGUGCAUGUUAGUAAGGGAGGUAACUAGUACUUCUUGUGUGCAUGUUAGUAAGGGAGGUAACUAGUACUUCUUGUGUGCAUGUUACUAAGAGAAAUAACUAUUAUUUGUGUUCAUGUGUUUAAAUUGUUAGAUCUUUUAUCUUUCUUGUUCGCCAUUUUACUUGCCAUAGUUUGAGCAGCAUUCAUAGUUUUUUCUGUGCCUUUUUUUGUGCUAGGCGUACACUUUUAGUUCUAGAAUAUUCCAUUUUAAGUUCAGAAGCGUAGUUUUGCUUAUUGUAAGCUAUUUUAUCUUUUUCUGUAGGCCAUACCAAAUUGAUUCUAUAUUGGCAAGUACAACUAACCUACCAACAAGAACAACUAACCUACCAACAAGUACAACUAACCUACCAACAAGAACAACUAACCUACCAACAAGAACAACUAACCUACCAACAAGUACAACUAACCUACCAACAAGAACAACUAACCUACCAACAAGUACAACUAACCUACCAACAAGAACAACUAACCUACCAACAAGUACAACUAACCUACCAACAAGAACAACUAACCUACCAACAAGUACAACUAACCUACCAACAAGUACAACUAACCUACCAACAAGAACAACUAACCUACCAACAAGUACAACUAACCUACCAACAAGUACAACUAACCUACCAACAAGUACAACUAACCUACCAACAAGAACAACUAACCUACCAACAAGAACAACUAACCUACCAACAAGUACAACUAACCUACCAACAAGAACAACUAACCUACCAACAAGUACAACUAACCUACCAACAAGAACAACUAACCUACCAACAAGUACAACUAACCUACCAACAAGAACAACUAACCUACCAACAAGAACAACUAACCUACCAACAAGUACAACUAACCUACCAACAAGAACAACUAACCUACCAACAAGUACAACUAACCUACCAACAAGUACAACUAACCUACCAACAAGUACAACUAACCUACCAACAAGUUGGGCCUGAUCAUUUUGUUAUGGCCUUAAUUUAAAAAAAAUGCCACAGAGUAAGCUUUACUGAAUAACUGCCAGGCAAGUGUAAUUGUGAAUUAUCUUUUGAUGGAAUUUACUCCAGCUAUAUUUGAUGAAGCAUAAAGAAACUAUUAUGGAAGCAUGGUUAGUGAUUGUGUGAAGACAGCAAUUCAUGUUUAACAUGGUCAACACAAGAUCCUGUAUUGAUUUCACUACUGUGUGUAGUUAUGCUUUUUAUCAAAUCUGUCUCACUUUUGACAAUAUAUGUGAUAUAAUAUUUUAAUGUAUUCAAGACGUGUUUGUUUUACAUUUAUAUUACGCAUAUUUACUGAUGAUCAGUAUAUAUAUUUAUUAUUUUUUUUAUUUUUGGUUUCAGUAUUAAGGCUGUUAAUUAAUGAUAAUUUUUUUUUAUAAUUACGACAAAUAAAUAUUAUAUUCUGCUUUACAAGGGUGGAAGUCAACACAAGCCCGCAAGCCCAGGACUAAUACUGUUUUGUUGAAAUCCAAGCUUUGCACAAUCAAAAUGAAUAUAAUUUUCACAGUCAAAUAUUGUAUGUAACUAAGUGUGUGGGCUUGCUGAUGAAGUUUUAGUAUAUGAGUGAGAUUUCUCUUUCUUGAAAAGAAUCCACUGCAGCCUGAUUACUUAACAUUACUUAAUAUACAGGCCACCAUAUUGUACUGUCAGUAAUACUCAUCUCAUCCUAUGAUCUUCAUGAACAAAAUAUUUCAGUAGUGUGUUUGUGAUCUUUAUUUUAUUUAAAAAAUCUAAAUUCUUGCAUCUGCCAUUAAGUAUAUUAUAUUAUGUGUUAAAUUAUAUUUUGAAUAAGAUUAAUGGAGAACUAUUGGUAAGAAGUGUCAAGUUUUGGAGUAUCCUGUAAAUCAAAUAGAAGUCCGAGUGAUCUCAUUCUCGUAGUAGUUAAGAACUGGAUCAUGAAGAUAUUUCAUUUGCAAUGCAUGGCUUCAACCAUGGCUCUUUUCAGGGGUAAGGCACGUAGGGUAUAAGGAUACUUUGUGAAGGGUAGGGUAAAAUUUAAGCAUAAAACCUGGGGCCAUGAUUACGAACAGUCUCAAGUCCAAGUCUAGACUCAGACUCAGAAAAACAUUUUUAUAAAAGAACUUCAAAUCAUAUUUAUUUCUAUUUCUUUUACAAAAAAAAUAUGUAAAUACUAGUAAAACAUUCAAAUAGUAAUAGAUUUCAGCAAAUUGUACCAUCAGUUCUCUGAUAGAAGGAAAAUUACAGUGAAAUGAAGUUUUGGCAUAUUGAGUCUUGAGUCUGAACUCAGACUUGAAACCGUUCGUAAUCACUGCCCCUGGUACUUAAAUGUUUUUGCUUUACUUAAGGGUAAACACUGAGUAUGGUCAGUUGGCUCACUGAGUUGACCGUGCCUUUUGCUUUUUACUGAAUUAAAACAACGGUCCAACAUUGGCUUCGGCUUGCUUGGCUCUUGCUCGAUUCUGUUCUUCAAAGUAAGGUCAGGCUGGGGUCACACUUACACAGUAAGGAAUUAAAUGCACAAUUACAACCAUACCAAAGGGUCUGGAUAGAUCACAAGGUAAUUUCUACAGCAUGAGAAUUUUUGAAAACUAAUGCAGAUUUGUCUCUGUAAGUUGUUUUUAUUAUAUAUUACAAAAUCUCACUGGUAUUGGUUCUACAAAUUAUACAAAUGACUCUUGUUUAAAUACCUCAUUUCAAUUUUAUAUGUACGUCUGUUAAAAUUAAAUGGAUAUCUUCAAGAAUUUAAGAUACAUAGUAUAACAAUUAUGUCAUUAAUACUCCCAUGAAUGUAUUUUAUUUCUAAAAUAGUAUUUAUAUUUCUGUAGUUUUAUAUUUUCAUAUAAUCAAGACUUGAACAGAUUGUAGUAAAGAAUUCUGUUCUGAAUGUUACAGUAUUUGUUUUGAGCAGAUGCAGCAUUUUUUUUAAAUGCUAUUUUAUAUAUUCUGAUCUUUUAUUUAGCUGCAAUAAUAUUUAUUUUGUGUUGCUCUUUAAUGUGUGCCUUAUGCGUCCUCUGUUUUUACGAUUGACUAAACUUUGUAGCCUUGUGUUUACUUCUAGUAUUACCUGUAAGCCAGCACUGGUAUUCACGAAGGUCUUAAUGACUUUGAGACUCCAGUUUCAAAACUGCAAAUCUUUAUUUGAUUGGAUAAUUGCAACUAGGAAGGAAAUGGUGAUGAUACUCACCAUAUAUGUGAUAAAAAGCAUGUUUGGCUAUUACUCACAUUCUUUUUAUACCUUUCAUCAAAAUGACGCAUUUUUAUGAUAAACUAUAAUAUGAUAUUAUACCCUACAUUAAUGUGUCUUUUCUUUGUAUAUAUAAAGUCGGUCGGUCCGUAUGUACAGAUGUUUUUUAAUAAAAAAACAAUAUUAUAAUGUCAUCAGUCCAUACAUUGUUUUUGGCAGUUGCGGACCUGUCAAUUUGUUUUUAUAUAGACCGCUGACAUACAACUGCUAAGUGCAGCUUUGCAAUUUUCAUGACAAAAAAUAUUAGUACACAAAGCCAGAUUCAAUAAAACACACAAAGCAAUUAAAAAAUGAAUGGUUAUAAAAAUGUUUGGUAUAAUAUAAGAAAUAUGGGCCAUAUGGCAUUUUAACAACUGGCGAGCCAGUCACCGAAGAAUAAUGGACCUCGGCUUACCCCUAGGUCCAUAUACACCUAUGGAAGCUGACUGUCCGGUUCUUAGGAUGUCACAUGACCCUCAAUGGUAUGUAGAAUUUCUUAAAUGAUGAAAAUUUUGCAUAACUGAGAUGUGGUAGGAAACUCAGACUCAAGAUUUUAGUGAAUAUGGGCCCUGGACUGGUGUUCAAUAUACAUCUACUUUGUAUUUUCUUAGAAUUCCUUCUUUCUAUUUGUGGAUUAAAGCCAAAAAGAGGCACACUAAUAAUGUGCCCAACAAAUGCUCUCAUACGAAAUUAAACAUAAACCACACAUAAAUUGAACCAAUGGGGUUCGACUGUAUAUCAAACACUUGAACUUUCAAUAAAAAUCAGUCAGAUUUUCAUCUCAAUUUCUGGUAAAGCCCGAAAAAUUUCAGUUUCAUGGGUUUAGAUGGCAAAGCAUGAUGGGUAGAUCAUGAGCUAUGUCUGUACGGUACAUUGCCAAUGUUUAUGUUAACUUGAAGUCGUCAGUCAAGGUCUCAUUUAAUUUAAUGCAGUUUUAUCAAUUAUUUAGAUGCUUUUCAUGUUCAAUGGUCAUUUUCUUUACAAAUAUCAUAAGAUAAGAUAAUAUCCACUUACAUUAAGCACUAUUUUAGGCAAUUUAAUUGAAACUUAUGUUGUGUAUUGAUAAAAGCCUCUCUGUCAAUCUUAACACUUCCAAUGAUGGUAAAAUGCACCAUACUUGGCUGUAGAUACGACUUCUCAGUUAUCUUGGCUCUGUAAUCAUGAAGAUUGUUCUUCUCUUUAAUUGUUAGAAAUUGUAUAUCAGUACAUUUUAGAAUGAACAAUACUUUUGUUCUAGUUCAGUAGAUUAUAUAUCAUACUACUCAAAGUAUAGCGUUACAAUAAUAGUUAUCAUCAAUGUAAGAACUUGCAUGGAAACUUGUGUAUUCUUCUCCCGGAAAUGUAUUAGCAAAGGUGUUCUUCCACUGUUAAUUGUGCGGUAUAAUGAUUAUUCAUGAUGUUUAUAUAGUUAUGUAUACUUAGCAAUCUGACUUUCAACAGUUAGCUUGUUUUAACAAGUUUUUAAUGGUCUAGUCUCCAAACAAUUGCAUGUUGUUUUAAUAUUUUCAUAUUUUAUGUUGUCUACGAAGAGAUAUUAACUAGAGGAAA